GGGCAGAGUGUUAUUGCGAGUAUUGUGAUGCCACGAUCAGCUGUUUGUUGUAUUCUACUGAUCCAAGAAGUGGGAGCGGGGCUGAAAAAACAUCUACAGGGAAAAACAAGUGUAAACUGUUUAUUUAGUUAUAAACACGCACCUGUAAAGCUACGUUUUACACGGAUACCUUCUUCUGAGAAGAAAGACUUAGAUACAUUCUAUUAGAGUUUAAUAACUACCUCGUAUUUGGACUACCCAAAGUUGUACUUAUAGUAGCCUACUAAAAACGUAUUAAUAUCUGUUUGCUUAUUCGACGCGUUUACAACUUGAAUUACACAUCAAAGGCGGGUCUUUGUUCCUGAGACGCACACAGACGAAGCCUCUUUUGCACAGUGAAAGCCCUGCCCACCCCAUUGUGAUUUCUGCCGUUAGUUUGAGGAGCGGCUUGCACCAAGAGGCCGAGAGGAGAAACCAGGGGCCAAAGACCCUCUGCUUACAAACAGAGCCAACGGUUUCCUCUUUUAAACCUACACCUGCUCGCUCACCAUGUUCCAACGAAUUAGCAGCCUGUUUUUUGGAGAGGUGGAGGAUUCAUCCAAGGAUUUCAAGGGGCCAAAACCAAGCAUUCUGGAGGCGGAUGAGGAGGGGUGGCUGCUCGUCAGUAUGCCUGGUGAGAGGGUGGGGCCAGAGGGCGCCACAAUCACAGAUACCAGUCCCCUGGAGGACAUCCUUGUGGAGCUCCCCAGCUUGUCCAUCUAUGGUUCCCAUGGUGACCAGGCUGCUACCAAGGAGGGCGUGGCCAACCUAACCAGCAGUGUGCGGGUGAUAGAGCAGCCCCUUCCCAAGGUGCGGAGCAGGGUGCUGGGGCGGGUGACCCAUGGGACUACCUCUCAGCUGGGGGCUCUAGCCAAAGUGACCCAGGUGGGCCGGGUUCAGCGGGCCAAGGCUCGUUCCGACCGCCGACACCUGGGCCGAAACCGCGGCCAGCGCCAAAACGCCGCCCGGAACCAGCCCCCGCGGUGCGCCGGCCGCGGGCACGGGACCUUCCUGCACCAGCCCGGCUUGCGCACCUGCAACCACUGAGCGCGCUCAGCAGCUUUUACACACACCCAGGGCAUUAUUACCCCAAGACCCCAUCCCAUCCACCCACACCCUGCUGCCCCCCUCUUCACUUGUCCACCAUCCCCAUCCAUUCUAUCGCCUGCUGAUGGGAGAGUCAGGUUUCCCAAAACCAAAAGUUACGGACUGGUAUAUGUGAUCAGUCACUUGCUGAUUUGACACAAUCAAAUGAUAACAUUUGGUAACUGGAAAAAAACUAUAUAUAUAUAUAUAUAUAUAUAUAUAUAUAUAUAUAUAGGUUUUAAACAAAUCCAUGACUGACAGCCCAUUUUAACUCCUCCUACUGUGGGGUUUCUGAAAUCUCACUGUCCCAUCACUAAUGACAACCCUCUGUCAUUACCCAUCCUCACUGUACUGCUCCCCCUACACCCUCUUUUCUCCUUCUGCCCCCACCACACACACACACACACACACACCUGCCCCUGUAAAUCCAUCCGGUCGUGUUGUUUUUACCGCACUCCAGGGAUGGUGUUCGUUGUUUGCUCCUAAGGUGGGAAAUGAAGCAUUACGUUUACAAAUGAUAGCAUGCUUCUGAUAAAGAAUUGACCCUUCUGCUGCUCACUGCCAUGUUUACCCAUUAGGAAGCACAAGUGGGUAGGACAGCCUAUCCGUGCUUUCCUGUUGAUUCGCAACAUUAUUAAACUAAGGAGAGUGAGUGGAGAGAGACGGAGCGGUGUUUGGUUAACAGAAGCUGAAGAAGAUUUCCGGCAGGAGCGCAUUACAGAGUUCAAGGACAAACUUACCUCCAUGGCCUGCAGCAUGGCUCAAACGUGAUACUUCUGGGUUGAUUUCAUUGUGCGUGUUCACUCGUAUGAGUACAUGUAUGUAUGUGUGUGUUGUUUUAAGGAGUAGGAGGAGUGCUCUUUGCCGCCCCUAUGCUACAGAAAAGCACAGUGUUUGAUGUGUGUUAUAGCUGCAUCCCAAACCUGCUGUGGACAGACUGGCCCAUAUGCAGAGAACAGAGGGGUUACAAGGGGGUUACAAUAGACCUUCUGAAAAUUAGGUUUUAUGUGUGCGUGCAUGCAUGUGUGUGUUGGUGUGAAUGUGUUUAUUGCUCUUCACAGUGUCUCAUGCAACAAAACCAGCAGCAAUAAUCUUAACGCAAUAAAACAGGUUAAACGUGUGUUACCUCCCUUUUUUCCAGGUUCUAAAAAUAUAGCAUAGCUCAGACUCAUUAUGACUUGUCAGGUUGUCAUGUGGGGACAGAUGGCCAAUGGAAGUCUGACCUCAAAGGCCUUUCCUUAAAGCUUUGCUUCUCUCAACCUUUGAAAUGUCUUCUGAUUAGAUCGGUCUGCCCUUUAGCAACAAGCCAGUAUUUUAUCACAGUGAAGUUUGAUUAGUACAGAAUCCUUUAUGCAGUGAAACAUUAAUAACAUAUGGGGGGGGGGUGGUAGUCAGGGCUGGUCAAGGGUAAGGAGGGGUGUCAUAUUCGGGUGUCAAUUCUGAUUUUGACUCAAAAAUAACGGUCUGCCACCAUGGCCCUCAUAAUACCCUGUGAUAGGACGGGUGCACUGGCAGGCUGGGCUGCAUUUCUACAGUAUCUAAGCACCAGUAAUUAAACUGUCAUGACAACCUGGAGACACUCUUCCUGUUUGAGGCUUGUCCCAUCUGUUUCAGUCAGUGUUACAGUUGUCUUACAGGCUGUGGGAAUUUAGGGCUGGUUACUGGAUACCACCCUCACCUCCACUGAUAUGCCCUCAUGCUGUUGGUUAACCUGUGGUCCUCUUCAUCCAAUAAAAUUGUUUGACUCAGGC